CUCCAGAUCUUUAAUCGUGUCGACAGUCUCACGGUGAUUUGAUUACUCAAAGAUACUCGACUAAAAUAUCCUUCUUUUGAUAUCAAGAUAAUCGAGAAGAUAAAAAUUAAUAAGUGAAGCCAAGAAAAAACAAAAAUGUCUUGUAACGUAAAAGUAGAUCCGAUGAAGAUAAAUUACGCGGCGGUGGAACCAGGAGAAGAAGUGGUAAUUACUGGUAUCUCUGGAAGGUUUCCAGAAAGUAGGAAUGUAAUGGAACUAAAGGACAAUUUAAUGAAGAAAAUGGAUCUUAUCACGGAGAACUACUCAAGAUGGAGACUAGAUCAAUCGGAAGUUCCAAAGGCUGGUGGUAAGGUGACUGAUUUAUCCAAAUUCGACGCAAUCUUCUUUGGCGUUCAUUACAAACAAGCUCAUACGUUGGACCCUAUGUGUCGGAUGUUGCUGGAACACGCGUAUGAAGCCACCGUCGACGCAGGAUUGAAUCCUAGACAACUCAAAGGAACCAAUACCGGAGUUAUUAUAGGAUCUUGCAUCAGCGAGGCGGAGAAGAUUUGGUUCUACGAAAAGCUACAAGCAAAUGGUUUCGGUAUUACUGGAUGCAGCAGAGCCAUGUUAGCCAAUAGGAUCUCCUAUUUCUUUGGUUUACACGGUCCAUCUUACGCGAUUGAUACAGCUUGCAGUUCUAGUUUAAUCGGACUGGAUCAAGCUUACAGAAUGAUUCGAACUGGAAUCUGCGACAAGGUGAUCGUCGGAGGUUGCAACCUUUGUCUUCAUCCCUACGUAUCUCUUCAGUUCGCUCGUCUCGGCUUACUAGCUCCUGACUGUCGCUGCAAAUCCUUCGAUGCAAAAGCAAACGGCUACGUCCGCAGUGAGGCGAUCAGCGUGAUCCUCUUGCAGAAGGCAAAAGACGCGAAGAGAAUUUACGCACAGAUUGUCCACACGAAAAGCAACUGCGACGGAUACAAGGAACAGGGGAUUACAUUCCCUGCUAGUAAUGUUCAGAAAAUGCUUCUGACGGAAUUCUACAAGGAAUGCAAAAUAUCUCCUAAUGAAUUGGCCUUCUUGGAGGCUCAUGGUACCGGAACUAGCGUCGGUGAUCCUGAAGAAUUAAACGCUAUUGAUAAAGCCAUCUGUCAGAAAAGGACCAUUCCUCUUAAGAUUGGUUCGAUUAAGUCGAAUUUGGGUCAUACUGAACCUGCCAGUGGUCUUUGUUCGAUAGCUAAGAUCAUCAUUGCGAUGGAAAGUGGUUUGAUUCCUCCAAACAUCAAUUUCGAAAGUCCCAUGAAAGGCAUGAAAUGCUUCGAAGAAGGAAGAGUCGAAGUGGUCACAGAACCAACCCCAUGGAAGGGUGGUUACGUAGGAAUAAAUUCAUUUGGCUUUGGUGGCGCCAAUGCUCACGUUUUAUUAAAAUCCUAUACGAAGGAGAAAGUGAACAACGGAGCACCUUCUGACGAUUUGCCAAGAUUAGUGGUAGUGUCUGGACGUACGCUAAAAGCGGUAGAAACUCUUCUCAAUCAUAUUGAAAGUAUACCAGUGGACGUCGAAUACAUUCGUCUCUUCCAUGAUAUUCACUCCGAAAAUAUAACUGGUCAUUUAUUUAGAGGAUACACACUGGUCGGAUCAAAGACGUCAGAGAAACCACCAAGAGAUAUUAAAGAAUAUUCUGGCAUGAAGAGACCAAUUUGGUUCGUGUUUUCUGGAAUGGGAUCACAGUGGCCUGGCAUGGGUGAAUCAUUGAUGAAGUUCCCCAUCUUUGCCAAGGCCAUCCAGAAGUGCGACACGAUCUUAAAACCACACGGUGUCGAUAUCGUUGAUAUCAUCACCAACAAGGAUAAGAAGAUUUUCGAUAAUAUUUUGAAUUCUUUCGUUGGAAUUGCUGCUAUUCAGAUUGGUCUUGUUGAUUUGUUAACAUCCGUGGGUAUCGAACCGGAUAACAUAAUUGGUCAUUCUGUCGGAGAACUCGGUUGUGCCUACGCGGAUGGGUGCUUCACUGCCGAGCAGAUGAUACUUGCAGCAUACUCUAGAGGUCUGGCGUCUAUCGAAACGCCAAUGAUUCAAGGAUCCAUGGCUGCAAUUGGUCUAGGAUACGAAGAGAUCAAAAACUUAUGCCCACCAGAUAUAGAGGUUGCUUGUCAUAAUAGUUCCGACAGUUCUACCAUAAGUGGUCCAACUGAAUCUGUGAAGCAAUUUGUUGCCGAGUUACAGGCAAAUAAAAUCUUCGCAAAGGAAGUAGCAUGCAGCAAUAUAGCGUAUCACAGUCGUUAUAUAGCAGAGGCAGGACCAAGAUUAUUGUCAUACUUGAAAAAAGUGGUUCCCCAGCCAAAAGCAAGAAGUUCCAAGUGGGUGAGCACUUCUGUGCCUCGCAAUCAGUGGUAUACGGAAGCUGCCAAGUACUCCUCCGCGGAAUAUCACACUAAUAACCUGUUGAACUCUGUCCUGUUCGCGGAAACAGCGACGCUGAUACCAUCUGAUGCUAUAACCAUAGAAAUUGCGCCUCAUGGUCUACUACAGGCAAUCCUGAAGAGAUCCUUAGAUCAGAAUGUAACAAACAUUGCACUAACUCAAAGAGAUCAUAAAGACAACGCUAUAUGCUUCUUGCAAGCCCUUGGGAAAUUAUAUAAUGUUGGUCUACAACCACAACUCGCGAAUAUUUAUCCACAUGUAGAGUUCCCUGUUAGUCGUGGCACUCCCAUGAUUUCUCCUUAUAUCAGAUGGGAGCAUUCUGAAGAUUGGUACGUGCCAAUGUAUCGUCAAAGUCAGAAGAUUAGCACGGCAGAGCGAACAAUUGAAGUAGCUCUUAAAGAUGAGAACUACGAGUAUAUGAUGCAUCAUGUGAUCGAUGGAAGAACUCUAAUACCAGCGACGGGUUACCUAAUUUUGGUUUGGGAGACGAUUAGUUUUUUACAAGGCAAACUUUAUGAUGAACUGUCAGUGGUUUUUGAGAAUGUGAAAUUCGAACGUGCAACAACUCUGCCCGCAUCUGGUUCCGUUCUAUUGACUGUCAUGGUUCACAGAGGAUCUGGAAAAUUCGAAAUAUCAGAGGGAUCCACGACAGUAGUGACAGGAACAAUUCGCGAGCAAACGAAUGCAGAUCAGCACAUAAUUCCAGCUAAGUUCUUGACUGAAAUCGAAGACGAGGAAGUUCUGACCAGCAAAGAUAUUUAUAAAGAGUUAAAACUCCGUGGUUACCAAUAUACGGGACUAUUCUGUGCGCUGAGGAGCGCAUCAUGCAAGGGAACGAAAGGACGCAUCGCUUGGAUGAAAAAUUGGGCCGCAUUUAUGGACAACAUGUUACAGAUGAAGAUAUUGACUCUUGAUACUAGAGCGCUAUAUGUACCAACAGCAAUUCAGAAACUAACAAUUGAUGUGAAGGCUCAUAAUGAAAUAAUUCGAUACCUUACGGAAGAAGAUAAUGAAAUUCCAGUCUCGAUAUACAAUGAUUAUGACACUGUAAUAUCUGGCGGAAUCGAAAUCCGCGGAAUAAGGGCCAACGCGAUUCAAUCUCGAAAACUAACGUCUGUCCCUAUCUUGGAAGAAUACAAAUUCGUAGCUCAUCGUGACAAAGCACAAAUAUCGUUAGAAGAAAUGAUCAUCUUGUCCGCACAACUUGCAUUAGAGAGUCACAUUAUAACCAGCCCAAAGAUUCUCGAAGUGAUCGAUCAGGAAAACAAAGUAUCAAUUGAAGAAACUCUCACUCCGAUCUUUAUGAAGGUAUUGAGCGAUUUACCCGUGAUUCGAGCAAAUUUGGUUCUUGCCGCAGAAUCAGAACGAGGCGAAAAAUUAUCACUUCCUGAGACUGUUACAAUGAUAGAACCACAAAAAUUGCCAGAAGAUGGCAAUGUCUUUAUGGCAGCUGCUCAUGAUAUUUUAUCUAACAAGAGAGCUGACAUUUUGGAACAACUUCUAGUUGCAACAAUGGACCACGGAUUUAUCCUUCUUCGAGAAAGUGUUGUCAAUAGGGAUACUUUGUCUUAUCUUCAAACUUGCAAUCUGAAUGUUGUACUAGAAAAGUCUUUUAAAGAGCAGACUCUGUUGCUUCUGAAGAAAGCAGAAAAACCACCUCAGAAAACAGAAGUAGUGUACGUGAACAACAAUGAAUUCAGUUGGUUAGAGAAUGUAAAGAAAAUCUUAAACAAUGAGAAAGAUAAAGAUAGUGGUGAAACAGUAAGAUUGAUAUUAGUCGCAGAAGGAGAUAUGGAGAAUGGUGUUCUAGGUUUGGUCAAGUGUUUAAGAAGAGAGCCCAACGGUGAGAUUGUAAAAACUGUGAUAAUUCAAGACGAAAAUGCUCCCAAAUUUUCAUUGGAAAAUCCAUUCUACUCGAAGCAGCUUGAUAUAGACAUUGGCUAUAAUGUCUUGAGGCCAGGAAAUAUCUGGGGAACUUACAGACACGUUCCUUAUCCAGAAUUAAAGCCAGUUUUGAUUCCUCAUGCCUACGCUAAUUUAAAGGUAAAGGGAGAUUUAAGUUCCAUUCGAUGGAUGGAAGGUUGGAUUCAACCAAAUGAGAAAGACCAUAAUAUCGUCAAAGUGGUGUACUCUUCAUUGAACUUCAGAGACGUGAUGUUGGCUACUGGAAAAUUGAUGGCAGAAACAAUAGUGAAGAAAAGAGAAAUAAGCGACUGUCUGAUUGGUUUUGAGUUCAGUGGAAUCGAUUCUAAUGGAAAACGCGUAAUGGGAUUCGUCGAGAGCAAGGCUAUAUCAAAUAUGGUCAUUCCACAUAAAUAUUGUUUAUGGCCAGUGCCAGACGAAUGGUCUCUGGAAGAUGCAGCAACCGUUCCAUCUGCGUAUUUUACUGUCUUUUACGCCUUUUAUUAUUUUGGGAAAUUAAGAAAGGGCGAAAAAGUGUUGAUCCAUAGUGGAAGUGGUGCAGUAGGCCAAGCUGCCAUUAACGUAGCUCUCUCUGAAGGCUGUGAAGUAUUUACAACAGUAGGCACGCCUGAAAAACGUAAAUAUAUCAGAGAAACAUUCCCCAGUAUAGACGAUGAUCACAUUGGGAAUUCUCGAGAUACCAGCUUUGAGCAAAUGGUAAUGAAACAGACACGUGGAAAAGGCGUAGAUAUAAUUUUAAAUUCUUUAGCUGAAGACAAGCUCCAGGCAUCGCUUCGUUGCCUGGGUUAUCGCGGACGUUUCUUGGAAAUCGGUAAAUUUGAUAUGUCUGUUAAUAAUCAAAUUGGAAUGGAAGUGUUUUUGAAAGAAAUUAGCUUUCAUGGAGUCAUGCUCGAUGCCAUAAUUAAUAACGAUUCACUUCAAAUAAGUGAAGAAGUAUAUCACUUCAUUUGUGCUCAAAUGAACAGAAAAUGUAUCAAGCCUUUGGUCAGAAAGUGCUUUGAGAAAAACCAGUUGGAGGAAGCUUUUAGGUAUAUGGCGGCAGGAAAGCACAUUGGAAAGAUUCUGGUUAAGGUAACAGAUGAAAAUACGCCUUUGAAUACACCAAUUCUUGCUUAUCCUCACUUCAAUGCUAUAAGAAACAAGAGUUAUGUAAUUAUUGGUGGUCUUGGAGGAUUAGGUCUAGAACUUGCAGAUUGGUUAGUCCUACGUGGUGCUAGAAACUUAGUAAUGGUUUCUCGAAAUGGAAUCCAAACUGGCUAUCAAAAGCUAAGGACAGAGAUCUGGAAAUCCUAUGGAACGAAAAUCCUCAUAAUAUCUGGCGUAGACGCGUCGAAAACCGAUGAUUGUGAGUUUAUCCUAAAAUCGGCAGAAAAACAGGCAGCUGUGGAUGGUAUCUUUAAUCUAGCAGCUGUAUUAAAAGACUGUCUGAUGAUAAACCAAACUGUGAAAUCAUUUGAAGAAAGCAUGAAACCCAAGGCCAUGAUCACCAAGAAACUGGACGAACUUUCUAGGAAAAUUUGUCCAAAACUUCGACACUUUGUGGUAUUUUCUUCUUUGUCAUGUGGAAGAGGAACUCCUGGACAGACUAAUUAUGGCAUGGGAAAUGCCGUAUUAGAGAGAAUUUGCGAAAGAAGAGUAGAAGAAGGUUUUCCGGGCAUGGCCAUUCAAUGGGGAGCUGUAGGAGAUGUUGGUCUUGCUGCAGAAAUGCUAGAGAACAAGCAGCAGCUAGUAAUCGGUGGAACCUUACCUCAGAAGAUAUUCUCAUGUUUAGAGGAAAUGGACAAAUUUUUGUGCCAAAGUAGACCAAUAGUGGCCAGCAUGGUGGUUGCAGAAAAACGUUUUAACGCUAAAGAAGUUAGCAAUGUUCUGGAAGCAGUGAUGAAUAUUAUGAGUAUAAAGGACAUAAAAACUGUGAGCCAUAAUUGUUCCUUGGCUGAAUUGGGCAUGGAUUCUAUGAUGGCUGUGGAGAUAAAACAGACUUUAGAAAGAGAUUUUGAGGUUUUCUUAACUCCACAAGAUAUUAGAGUUUUGAACAUUGCCAAACUUGUAGAAAUGUCUGCAAAAGAUGAAAAGAAUAAAACAAAAGAAGUUAAGAAAAGAAUAACCAAGACAGAAAAAUUAACUGGCAUGAAAUUGCUGAUGAAGACUCUAAACGUUUCUAUACUUGACAACCAGUAUUGUAUAGAGCUUCCAGUUAAAUGUGGUGAAAAGAAAAAUGAAGUAUUCCUUAUACCUGGGAUCGAAGGAUCUGCCGAAGUUUUUGCUGCAUUGGCAUCAAAAUUAAAAUUACCUGCCACUUGUUUACAAUUAGGAAUACAUGACAACACUCCGUCGGUGGAAGAAAUGGCCGAAUCUCUUUUACCACAUGUUUUAGCAAGGAGUAAAAAUCGUAGAAAUUUCACAAUAGUUGGCUAUUCAUAUGGAUCAUUGAUAGCUAUAGAAUUAGCAAGAAAAUUAGAAUCUCAUAUUCUAGUCGGUGAACUCAUACUAAUAGACGGAUCUCCCGAUUAUAUGAAAGCUAUUAUAUCAGAACACUUAGCAUCGCUUUCAGAAAAUGAACGUCAAAAUAAAUUCCUACUUGAAAUCUUGAAUCUCCAUAAUCCGCUCUCCGUCAUAGAGUGCACAUUAAAGCUGGACAAGUGUACUAAUUGGAAUGAAAAGUUAGAUGUAAUAAUCAAAUACGCAGUUGACCAAGUUCAUAAGAUUUACACGCCAGAAGAUCAAAAAAGUAUUAUAUCAUUUAUGUAUAACCGUAUCUGUGUAUUAGACAAAUACGAUGCCUCUUCCUUGCCACCUCUUAGAACGCCUAUCACGUUAUUGGUACCAACAAUCCCAGCUGUGGUAUUUCCAGACCCAGCAUAUGGUUUGCAGAAGUUAACUCAUGGAAAUGUGAUAGUACACAAGAUCGAAGGAAAUCAUAUUUCCAUAUUGGAUGAUUGGAGAAUCGCGGCAGCCAUUAAUAACGAACCUUUGGAGGACGCGAAAACUUUUAAGGACAACCUAAAUUUCGCAUCUAGUGACGGGAAAUUAAUUUCACAGUCCAAAAAUUUAACAGGUUUAUCGUAAAAAAGAAAAAUAAGGAUGGUUCAUAAUUCAGCAGUAUCUAACAUUCUGUACUUUCAUAAUAAAUAAAUGAAGAACUCAAUAUUAA